AUGACCAGUCCGACAGUCGACACGACCAGAUCGACCACACCUCAGCUUCCCGUCGUCGACAUGACCAGUCCGACCGUCGACACGACCAGAUCGACCACAUCUCAGCUUCCCGUCGCCGACACGUCCAGUCCAACCGUCGGCACGACCAGAUCGACCACCACUCAGCUUCCCGUCGUCGUCAUGUCCAGUCCGACCGUCGACACGACCAGAUCGUCCACACCUCAGCUUCUCGUCGUCGACAUGUCCAGUCCGACCGUCGACACGACCAGAUCGACCACACCUCAGCUUCCCGUCGUCGACAUGACCAGUCCGACCGUCGAGACGACCAGAUCGACCACACCUCAGCUUCCCGUCGCCGACUCGUCCAGUCCGACCGUCGACACGACCAGAUCGACCAUACCUCAGCUUCCCGUCGUCGACAUGUCCAGUCCGACCGUCGACACGACCAGAUCGACUGCACCUCAGCUUCCUGUCGUCGACAUGACCAGUCCGACCGUCGACACAACCAGAUCGACCACACCUCAGCUUCCCGUCGCCGACUCGUCCAGUCCGACCGUGGACACGACCAGAUCGACCACACCUCAGCUUCCCGUCGUCGACACGACCAGUCCGACUGUCGACACGACCAGAUCGUCCACAACUCAGCUUCCCGUCGUCGUCAUGUCCAGUAACGACCGUCAACACGACGAGAUCGUCCACACCUCAGCUUCCCGUCGUCUACAUGUCCAGUCCGACCGUCGACACGACCGGAUCGUCCACACCUCAGCUUCCGUCGUCGACAUGACCAGUCCGACAGUCGACACGACCAGAUCGUCCACAACUCAGCUUCCCGUCGUCGACAUGUCCAGUCCGACCGUCGACACGACCAGAUCUACCACACCUCAGCUUCCCGUCGCCGACACGUCCAGUCCGACCGUCGACACAACCAGAUCGACCACACCUCAGCUUCCCGUCGUCGACAUGACCAGUCCGACCAUCGACACGACCAGAUCUACCACACUUCAGCUUCCCGUCGCCGACACGUCCAGUCCGACCGUCGACACGACCAGAUCGACCACCCUCAGCUUCCCGUCGUCGAAAAUGACCAGCCCGACCGUCGACACGACCAGAUCGACCACACCUCAGCUUCCCGUCGUCGACACGUCCAGUCCGACCGUCGACAGGAGCAGAUCGACCACCCUCAGCUUCCCGUCGUCGUCAUGUCCAGUCCGACCGUCGACAAGACCAGAUCGUCCACACCUCAGCUUCCCGUCGCCGACUCGUCCAGUCCGACCGUCGACACGAGCUGAUCGACCACCCUCAGGUUCCCGUCGUCGUCAUGUACAGUCCGACCGACGACACCACCAGAUCGACCACACGUCAGCUUCCUGUCGUCGACAUGUCCAGUCCAACCGUCGACACGACCAGAUCGACCACACCUCAGCUUCGCGUCGUCGACAUGACCAGUCCGACCGUCGACACAACCAGAUCGACACACCUCAGCUUCCCGUCGUCGACAUGACCAGUCCGACCGUCGACACGACCAGAUCGACCACACCUCAGCUUCCGUCGCCGACACGUCCAGUCCGACCGUCGGCACGACCAGAUCGACCACCCUCAGCUUCCCGUCGUCGUCAUGUCCAGUCCGACCGUCGUCACGACCAGAUCGUCCACACCUCAGCUUCCCGUCGUCAACAUGUCCAGUCCGACCGUCGAAACGACCAGAUCGACCCACCUCAGCUUCCCGUCGUAGACAUGACCAGUCGGACCGUCGACACGACCAGAUCGACCACCUCAGCUUCCCUCCGACCGUCGACACGACCAGAUCGACCACCUCAGCUUCCCGUCGUCGACAUGUCCAGUCCGACCGUCGACACGACCAGAUCGACCACACCUCAGCUUCUCGUCGUCGACAUGACCAGUCCGACCGUCGACACGACCAGAUCGACCACACCUCAGCUUCCCGUCGUCGUCAUGUCCAGUCCGGCCGUCGACACGACCAGAUCGACAACACCUCAGCUUCCCGUCGUCGACAUGACCAGUCCGACCGUCGACACGAUCAGAUCGACCACAUCUCAGCUUCCCGUCGUUGACAUGACCAGUCCGACCGUCGACACGACCAGAUCGACCACACCUCAGCUUCCCGUCGCCGACACGGCCAGUCCGACCGUCGACACGACCAGAUCGACCACACCUCAGCUUCCCGUAGUCGUCAUGUCCAGUCCGACCGUCGACACGACCAGAUCGUCCACACCUCAGCUUCCCGUCGUCUACAUGUCCAGUCGGACCGUCGACACGACCAGAUCGUCCACACCUCAGCUUCCCGUCGUCGACAUGACCAGUCCGACCGUCGACACGACCAGAUCGUCCACAACUCAGCUUCCCGUCGUCGACAUGUCCAGUCCGACCGUCGACACGACCAGAUCGACCACACCUCAGCUACCCGUCGUCGACAUGACCAGUCCGACCGUCGACACGACCAGAUCGACCACACCUCAGCUUCCCGUCGUCGACAUGACUAGUCCGACCGUCGACACGACCAGAUCGACCACCCCUCAGCUUCCCGUCGUCGUCAUGUCCAGUCCGACCGUUGACACGACCAGAUCGUCCACACCUCAGCUUCCCGUCGUCUACAUGUCCAGUCCGACCGUCGACACGACCAGAUCAUCUACAACUCAGCUUCCCGUCGUCGACAUGUCCAGUCCGACCGUCGACACGACCAGAUCGACCACACCUCAGCUUCCCGUCGUCGACCUGACCAGUCCGACCGUCGACACGACCAGAUCGACCACACCUCAGCUUCCCGUCGCCGACUCGUCCAGUCCGACCGUGGACACGACCAGAUCGACCACACCUCAGCUUCCCGUCGUCGACAUGACCAGUCCGACUGUCGACACGACCAGAUCGUCCACAACUCAGCUUCCCGUCGUCGUCAUGUCCAGUAACGACCGUCGACACGACGAGAUCGUCCACACCUCAGCUUCACGUCGUCUACAUGUCCAGUCCGACCGUCGACACGACCGGAUCGUCCACACCUCAGCUUCCCGUCGUCGACAUGACCAGUCCGACCGUCGACACGACGAGAUCGUCCACAACUCAGCUUCCCGUCGUCGACAUGUCCAGUCCGACCGUCGACACGACCAGAUCAACCACACCUCAGCUUCCCGUCGCCGACACGUCCAGUCCGACCGUCGACACAACCAGAUCGACCACACCUCAGCUUCCCGUCGUCGACAUGACCAGUCCGACCAUCGACACGACCAGAUCUACCACACUUCAGCUUCCCGUCGCCGACACGUCCAGUCCGACCGUCGACACGACCCUAUCGACCACCCCUCAGCUUCCCGUCGUCGACAUGACCAGUCCAACCGUCGACACGACCAGAUCGACCACACCUCAGCUUCCCGUCGUCGACACGUCCAGUCCGACCGUCGACAGGAGCAGAUCGACCACCCCUCAGAUUCCCGUCGUCGUCAUGUCCAGUCCGACCGUCGACAAGACCAGAUCGUCCACACCUCAGCUUCCCGUCGCCGACUCGUCCAGUCCGACCGUCGACACGAGCUGAUCGACCACCCGUCAGGUUCCCGUCGUCGUCAUGUACAUCCGACCGUCGACACGACCAGAUCGACCACCCCUCAGCUUCCCGUCGCCGACAUGUCCAGUCCGACCGUCGACACGACCAGAUCGACCACACCUCAGCUUCCCGUCGCCGACACGUCCAGUCCGACCGUCGACACGACCAGAUCGUCCACACCUCAGCUUCCCGUCGUCGUCAUGUCCAGUCCGACCGUCGACACAACCAGAUCGUCCACAACUCAGCUUCCCGUCGCCGACACGUCCAGUCCGACCGUCGACACGACCAGAUCGACCACCCCUCAGCUUCCCGUCGUCGACAUGACCAGUCCGACCGUCGACACGACCAGAUCGACCACACCUCAGCUUCCCGUCGUCGACACGUCCAGUCCGACCGUCGACAGGAGCAGAUCGACCACCCCUCAGCUUCCCGUCGUCGUCAUGUCCAGUCCGACCGUCGACAAGACCAGAUCGUCCACACCUCAUCUUCCCGUCGACGACUCGUCCAGUCCGACCGUCGACACGACCAGAUCGUCCACAACUCAGCUUCCCGUCGUCGACAUGUCCAGUCCGACCGUCGACACGACCAGAUCAACCACACCUCAGCUUCCCUGUCGUCGACAUGUCCAGUCCGACCGUCGACACGACCAGAUCGACCACACCUCAGCUUCGCGUCGUCGACAUGACCAGUCCGACCGUCGACACGACCAGAUCGACCACACCUCAGCUUCCCGUCGUCGACAUGACCAGUCCGACCGUCGACACGACCAGAUCGACCCACAUCAGCUUCCCGUCGCCGACACGUCCAGUCCGACCGUCGGCACGACCAGAUCGACCACACCUCAGCUUCCCGUCGUCGUCAUGUCCAGUCCAACCGUCGACACGACCAGAUCGUCCACACCUCAGCUUCCCGUCGUCGACAUGUCCAGUCCGACCGUCGAAACGACCAGAUCGACCACACCUCAGCUUCCCGUCGUCGACAUGACCAGUCGGACCGUCGACACGACCAGAUCGACCACACCUCAGCUUCCCGUCGCCGACAUGUCCAGUCCGACCGUCGACAUGUCCAGUCCGACCGUCGACACGACCAGAUCGACCACACCUCAGCUUCCCGUCGUCGACAUGUCCAGUCCGACCGUCGACACGACCAGAUCGACCACACCUCAGCUUCUCGUCGUCGACAUGACCAGUCCGACCGUCGACACGACCAGAUCGACCACACCUCAGCUUCCCGUAGUCGUCAUGUCCAGUCCGGCCGUCGACACGACCAGAUCGACAACACCUCAGCUUCCCGUCGUCGACAUGACCAGUCCGACCGUCGACACGAUCAGAUCGACCACACCUCAGCUUCCCGUCGUUGACAUGACCAGUCCGACCGUCGACACGACCAGAUCGACCACACCUCAGCUUCCCGUCGCCGACACGGCCAGUCCGACCGUCGACACGACCAGAUCGACCACACCUCAGCUUCCCGUCGUCGUCAUGACCAGUCCGAACGUCGACACGACCAGAUCGUCCACACCUCAGCUUCCCGUCGUCUACAUGUCCAGUCGGACCGUCGACACGACCAGAUCGUCCACACCUCAGCUUCCCGUCGUCGACAUGACCAGUCCGACCGUCGACACGACCAGAUCGUCCACAACUCAGCUUCCCGUCGUCGACAUGUCCAGUCCGACCGUCGACACGACCAGAUCGACCACACCUCAGCUACCCGUCGUAGACAUGACCAGUCCGACCGUCGACACGACCAGAUCGACCACACCUCAGCUUCCCGUCGUCGACAUCACAUCCCGUCGUCGACAUGUCCAGUCCGACCGUCGACACGACCAGAUCGACCACACCUCAGCUUCCCGUCGUCGACAUGUCCAGUCCGACCGUCGACACGACCAGAUCAACCACACCUCAGCUUCCCGUCGCCGACACGUCCAGUCCGACCGUCGACACGACCAGAUCGACCACACCUCAGCUUCCCGUCGUCGACGACACGACCACCAGUCCGACCGUCGACACGACCAGAUCGACACACUUCAGCUUCCCGUCGCCGACCAGUCCGACCGUCGACACGUCCAGAUCGACCACACCGUCGUCGUCGACCAGUCCGACCGUCGACCGACCAGAUCCCCUCAGCUUCCCGUCGUCGACAUGACCAGUCCAACCGUCGACACGACCAGAUCGACACACCUCAGUCGUCGACUUCCCCGUCGUCGACCAGAUCGUCCAGUCCGACCGUCGACAGUCGACACGACCAGAUCGACCACCCCUCAGAUUCCCGUCGUCGUCAUGUCCAGUCCGACCGUCGACAAGACCAGAUCGUCCACACCUCAGCUUCCCGUCGCCGACAUGUCCAGUCCGACCGUCGACACGACCAGAUCGACCACCGUCAGGUUCCAGAUCGUCGUCAUGUCCAGUCCGACCGUCGACACGACCAGAUCGACCACACCUCAGCUUCCCGUCGUCGACAUGUCCAGUCCGACCGUCGACACGACCAGAUCUCCGACCGUCGACACGACCAGAUCGUCCACACCUCAGCUUCGCGUCGUCGACAUGUCCAGUCCGACCGUCGACACGACCAGAUCGUCCACAACUCAGCUUCCCGUCGUCGAUAUGUCCAGUCCGACCGUCGACACGACCAGAUCGACCACACCUCAGCUUCCCGUCGUCGACCUGACCAGUCCGACCGUCGACACGACCAGAUCGACCACCUCAGCUUCCCGUCGUCGACUCGUCCAGUCCGACCGUCGACACGACCAGAUCGACCACACCUCAGCUUCCCGUCGUCGACAUGACCAGUCCGACUGUCGACACGACCAGAUCGUCCACAACUCAGCUUCCCGUCGUCGUCAUGUCCACUUCCGUCGUCUACAUGUCCAGUCCGACCGUCGACACGACCGGAUCGUCCACACCUCAGCUUCCGUCGUCGACAUGACCAGUCCGACCGUCGACACGACCAGAUCGUCCACAACUCAGCUUCCCGUCGUCGACAUGUCCAGUCCGACCGUCGACACGACCAGAUCAACCACACCUCAGCUUCCCGUCGUCGACAUGUCCAGUCCGACCGUCGACACGACCAGAUCGACCCACCUCAGCUUCCCGUCGUCGACUCGUCCAGUCCGACCGUCGACACGACCAGAUCGUCCCUUCCGUCGUCGAUCAGUCCAGUCCGACCGUCGACCGUCGACGACCAGAUCGUCCACAACUCAGCUUCCCGUCGUCGACAUGUCCAGUCCGACCGUCGACACGACCAGAUCGUCCACACCUCAGCUUCCCGUCGUCGACAUGUCCAGUCCGACCGUCGACACGACCAGAUCGACCACACCUCAGCUUCCCGUCGUCGACAUGUCCAGUCCGACCGUCGACACGACCAGAUCGACCACACCUCAGCUUCCUGUCGUCGACAUGUCCAGUCCGACCGUCGACACGACCAGAUCGACCACACCUCAGCUUCCCGUCGUCGACGCGGACCAGUCCGACCGUCGACACGACCAGAUCGUCCACAACUCAGCAUCCGACCGUCGACACGACCCGUCGUCGACAUGUCCAGUCCGACCGUCGACACGACCAGAUCGACCACACCUCAGCUUCCCGUCGUCGACAUGUCCAGUCCGACCGUCGACACGACCAGAUCGUCCACACCUCAGCUUCCCGUCGUCGACAUGUCCAGUCCGACCGUCGACACGACCAGAUCACCACCUCAGCUUCCCGUCGUCGACACGUCCAGUCCGACCGUCGACACGACCAGAUCGACCACCUCAGCUUCCCGUCGUCGACGACCAGACCAGUCCGACCGUCGACACGACCAGAUCGACCACACCUCAGCUUCCCGUCGUCGACAUGUCCAGUCCGACCGUCGACCAGAUCGACCACACCUCAGCUUCCCGUCGUCGACAUGUCCAGUCCGACCGUCACGACCAGAUCGUCCACACCUCAGCUUCCCGUCGUCGACAUGACCAGUCCGACCGUCGACACGACCAGAUCGACCACACCUCAGCUUCCCGUCGUCGACAUGUCCAGUCCGACCGUCGACAGCUUCCGUCGUCGACAGAUCGACCGUCGACCACCCCCUCAGAUUCCCGUCGUCGUCACGUCCAGUCCGACCGUCGACACGACCAGAUCGUCCACACCUCAGCUUCCCGUCGCCGACGUCCAGUCCAGUCCGACCGUCGACACGACCUGAUCGACCACCCGUCAGGUUCCCGUCGUCGUCAUGACCAGUCCGACCGUCGACACGACCAGAUCGACCACACUUCCCACAGCUUCCCCGUCGACGUCGAGAUGUCCAGUCCGACCGUCGACACGACCAGAUCGACCACACCUCAGCUUCCUGUCGCCGACACGUCCAGUCCGACCGUCGACACGACCAGAUCGUCCACACCUCAGCUUCCCGUCGUCGACAUGACCAGUCCGACCGUCGACACGACCAGAUCGUCCACAACUCAGCUUCCCGUCGUCGAUAUGUCCAGUCCGACCGUCGACACGACCAGAUCGACCACACCUCAGCUUCCCGUCGUCGACGACCGUGACCAGUCCGACCGUCGACAGUCCGACCAGAUCGACCACACCUCAGCUUCCGUCGUCGACAUCGUCCAGUCCGACCGUCGACACGACCAGAUCGACCCUCAGCUUCCCGUCGUCGACAUGACCAGUCCGACCGUCGACACGACCAGAUCGUCCAUAACCCAGCUUCCCCGUCAUCGUCCACCCUCAGCUUCCCGUCGUCGACAUGACCAGUCCGACCGUCGACACGACCAGAUCGUCCACCCCUCAGCUUCCCGUCGUCGACAUGACCAGUCCGACCGUCGACACGACCAGAUCGUCCACACCUCAGCUUCCCGUCGUCGACAUGUCCAGUCCGACCGUCGACACGACCAGAUCAACCACACCUCAGCUUCCGUCGUCGACACGUCCAGUCCGACCGUCGACACGACCAGAUCGACCACACCUCAGCUUCCCGUCGUCGACAUGACCAGUCCGACCGUCGACACGUCGACACCAGAUCGACACGACCAGAUCGUCCACCUCCUUCCCGUCGUCGACAUGUCCAGUCCGACCGUCGACCGUCAGCCUACACCUCUUCCGUCCGACCGUCGACACGACCAGAUCGACCACCUCAGCUUCCCGUCGUCGACAUGUCCAGUCCGACCGUCGACACGACCAGAUCGACCACACCUCAGCUUCCCGUCGUCGACGUCCGUCAGUCCGACCGUCGACACGACCAGAUCGUCCACACCUCAGCUUCCGUCGUCGACGCGUCCAGUCCGACCUCCGACCGUCGACACGACCAGAUCGUCCACACCUCAGCUUCCCGUCGACCAGAUCGACACCUCAGCUUCCGUCGUCGUCCAGUCCGACCGUCGACACGACCAGAUCGUCCACAACUCAGCUUCCCGUCGUCGACAUGUCCAGUCCGACCGUCGACACGACCAGAUCGUCCACACCUCAGCUUCCCGUCGCCGACAUGUCCAGUCCGACCGUCGACACGACCAGAUCGACCACACCUCAGCUUCCCGUCGUCGACAUGUCCAGUCCGACCGUCGACACGACCAGAUCGACCACACCUCAGCUUCCCGUCGUCGACACGUCCAGUCCGACCGUCGACACGACCAGAUCGACCACACCUCAGCUUCCGUCGUCCAUGUCGUCCGACCGUCGACACGACCAGUCAGCUUCCCGUCGUCGACAUGUCCCGACCGUCGACGACCAGAUCGUCCUCAGCUUCCCGUCGUCGACAUGUCCAGUCCGACCGUCGACACGACCAGAUCGUCGAAUCGUCCACCUCAGCUUCCGUCGUCGACUCGUGUCCAGUCCGACCGUCGACACGACCAGAUCGACCACACCUCAGCUUCCCGUCGUCGACAUGACCAGUCCGACCGUCGACACGACCAGAUCGACCACACCUCAGCUUCGCGUCGUCGACAUGUCCAGUCCGACCGUCGACACGACCAGAUCGACCACACCUCAGCUUCCCGUCGUCGACAUGACCAGUCCGACCGUCGACACGACCAGAUCGACCACACCUCAGCUUCCGUCGUCGACAUGACCAGUCCGACCGUCGACACGACCAGAUCGACCACACCUCAGCUUCCCGUCGUCGACAUGACCAGUCCGACCGUCGACACGACCAGAUCGACCACACCUCAGCUUCCCGUCGUCGACAUGACCAGUCCGACCGUCGACACGACCAGAUCGACCACACCUCAGCUUCCCGUCGUCGACAUGACCAGUCCGACCUCCGACCGUCGACACGACCAGAUCGUCCAGAGCUUCCCGUCGUCGACCCGUCGUCGUCGACAUGACCAGUCCGACCGUCGACACGACCAGAUCGACCACACCUCAGCUUCCCGUCGUCGACAUGUCCAGUCCGACCGUCGACACGACCAGAUCGACCACACCUCAGCUUCCCGUCGUCGACAUGACCAGUCCGACCGUCGACACGACCAGAUCGACCACACCUCAGCUUCCCGUCGUCGACAUGUCCAGUCCGACCGUCGACACGACCAGAUCGACCACACCUCAGCUUCCCGUCGUCGACAUGUCCAGUCCGACCGUCGACACGACCAGAUCGACCACCCCUCAGCUUCCCGUCGUCGACAUGUCCAGUCCGACCGUCGACACGACCAGAUCGUCCACCUCAGCUUCCCGUCGUCGACAUGUCCAGUCCGACCGUCGACACGACCAGAUCCGACCCGUCGUCGUGACCAGUCCGACCGUCGACACGACCAGAUCGUCCACACCUCAGCUUCCCGUCGUCGACAUGUCCAGUCCGACCGUCGACACGACCAGAUCGUCCACAACUCAGCUUCCCGUCGUCGACAUGUCCAGUCCGACCGUCGACACGACCAGAUCAAUGUCCAGUCCGACCGUCCUCGACCAGCUUCCUUCCCCGUCGUCGACAUGUCCAGUCCGACCGUCGACACGACCAGAUCGACGUCGUCGACACCUCGACCGUCGACUUCCAGUCGUCAGUCGUUCAUAUUCCCGUCGUCGACACGACCAGUCCGACCGUCGACACGACCAGAUCGUCCACACCUCAGCUUCCGUCGUCGCCAUGACCAGUCCGACCGUCCGACCGUCGUCGUCGACACGACCAGAUCGACCGUCCACACGACCAGAUCAGCUUCCGUCGUCGACAUGUCCAGUCCGACCGUCGACACGACCAGAUCGACCACACCUCAGCUUCCUGUCGUCGACAUGUCCAGUCCGACCGUCGACACGACCAGAUCGACCACCCCUCAGCUUCCCGUCGUCGACAUGUACAGUCCGACCGUCGACACCACCAGAUCGUCCACACCUCAGCUUCCCGUCUUCUACAUGACCAGUCCGACCGUCGACACGACCAGAUCGACCACCCACCUCGUCGCUUCCAGUCCGACCGUCGACACGACCAGUCGACCUCAGCUUCCCGUCGUGACCAGUCCGACCGUCGACACGACCAGAUCGACCACACCUCAGCUUCCCGUCGUCGACAUGACCAGUCCGACCGUCGACACGACCAGAUCGACCACACCUCAGCUUCCCGUCGUCGACAUGACCAGUCCGACCGUCGACACGACCAGAUCGACCACACCUCAGCGACACGACCCGUCGCCGACACGUCCAGUCCGACCGUCGACACGACCAGAUCGACCACCCUCAGCUUCCGUCGUCGACAUGUCCAGUCCGACCGUCGACACGACCAGAUCGACCACACCUCAGCUUCCCGUCGUCGACAUGUCCAGUCCGACCGUCGACACGACCAGAUCGUCCACACCUCAGCUUCCCGUCGUCGACAUGUCCAGUCCGACCGUCGACACGACCAGAUCGUCCACACCUCAGCGUUCCCGUCGUCGACAUGUCCAGUCCGACCGUCGACACGACCAGAUCGUCCACAAUCAGCUUCCCGUCGUCGACAUGACCAGUCGACCGUCGUCGACGACCAGAUCGACCAGAUCACCUCAGCUUCCGUCGUCGACAUGUCCAGUCCGACCGUCGACACGACCAGAUCGUCCACAACUCAGCUUCCCGUCGCCGACAUGUCCAGUCCGACCGUCGACACGACCAGAUCGUCCACACCUCAGCUUCCCGUCGUCCGACCAGACUCGUCCAGUCCGACCGUCGACACGACCAGAUCGACCACCCUCAGGUUCCAGUCGUCGUCAUGACCAGUCCGACCGUCGACAUGACCAGACCGUCGACCACACCUCAGCUUCCCGUCAGUCCAGUCCGACCGUCGUCGAUCAUGUCCAGUCCGACCGUCGACACGACCAGAUCGACCACACCUCAGCUUCCCGUCGUCGACAUGACCAGUCCGACCGUCGACACGACCAGAUCGACCACACCUCGACACGACCAGAGCUUCCUUCUCGUCGUCGACAUGACCAGUCCGACCUCCAGUCCGACCGUCGACACGACCAGAUCGACCACACCUCAGCUUCCCGUCGUCGACAUGACCAGUCCGACCGUCGACACGACCAGAUCGACCACACCUCAGCUUCCCGUCGUCGACAUGACCAGUCCGACCGUCGACCAGAUCGACCACAACCACUCCGUCGUCGUCGACAUGUCCGACCAGAUCGACACACACCUCAGCUUCCCGUCGUCGACAUGUCCAGUCCGACCGUCGACACGACCAGAUCGACCACACCAGUCCAGUCGACACUUCCCGUCGUCGUCAUGUCCAGUCCGACCGUCGACACGACCAGAUCGUCCACACCUCAGCUUCCCGUCGUCUACAUGUCCAGUCCGACCGUCGACACGACCAGAUCGUCCACACCUCAGCUUCCCGUCGUCGACAUGACCAGUCCGACCGUCGACACGACCAGAUCGUCCACAACUCAGCUUCCCGUCGUCGACAUGUCCAGUCCGACCGUCGACACGACCAGAUCGACCACACCUCAGCUUCCCGUCGUCGACAUGACCAGUCCGACCGUCGACACGACCAGAUCGACCACAGACCUCAGCUUCCGUCGUCGACAUGUCCAGUCCGACCGUCGACACGACCAGAUCGACCACACCUCAGCUUCCGUCGACGUCCAGUCCGACCGUCGACACGACCAGAUCGUCCACACUCAGCUUCCCGUCGUCGACAUGUCCAGUCCGACCGUCGACACGACCAGAUCGACCACACCUCAGCUUCCCGUCGUCGACAUGACCAGUCCGACCGUCGACACGACGAGAUCGACCACACCUCAGCUUCCCGUCGUCGACAUGACCAGUCCGACCGUCGACACGACCAGAUCGACCAGUCCACCUCAGCUUCCCGUCGUCGACAUGACCAGUCCGACCGUCGACACGACCAGAUCGACCACACCUCACCGUCGUCGACAUGACCAGUCCGACCGUUACCGUCGUCGACAUGUCCAGUCCGACCGUCGACACGACCAGAUCGACCACACCUCAGCUUCCCGUCGUCGACAUGUCCAGUCCGACCGUCGACACGACCAGAUCGACCACAACUCAGCUUCCGACCCGUCGUCGACUAUGUCCAGUCCGACCGUCGACACGACCAGAUCGACCACAUCUCAGCUUCCCGUCGUCGACAUGUCCAGUCCGACCGUCGACACGACCAGAUCGACCACACCUCAGCUUCCCGUCGCCGACAUGUCCAGUCCGACCGUCGACACGACCAGAUCGACUCACCGUCAGCUGACCAGUCCGACCGUCGACACGUCGUCGCUUCCAUGA